AUGCAGAUGCCAGAUUAUGUAUGCGAAGAGUUGAUUGUUGAAAUAUUUACAGGACUACCACCGAAAUCCCUCCUCCGAUUUAGAUCACUCUCUAAAUCAUUAUAUACUUGUAUUUCUAGUCCUGGGUUCAUACGCUUGCACACUUUCCGAUCCCCACAAAAAAUCCGCUUCACGCAUGAAAAUAUUGACAAUAAUAAAAUAGCAGAAGUCGUUUAUACAUUUUGUGUUUGUGUCCCAAACGUGGAUAUAUUGACUAAAAAUGUUUUGACUCUAUGGAACCCUUCAAUCAGACGCAAAGUAAGAGUGCUUGAAUGUCCUCGGAGUUCUGAACUCCCUUUGGGAGGUAUUGGGUUUGGAUUUGACCCAAUCAGUGAUGAUUACAAAAUUGUCUGGAUAUCAUGUGAAAAAGACAGUUCAUUUAUUUAUGCGGUGAAGACGGGAACUUGGUGUGAGAUUGCUUCCCCUAAACCUGAGUUUACUUGUGUGUUAUAUGAGGCUUUUGUAUUCAAUGGAGUGUUGCAUUGGGAAGUAUAUGAUGAUCGUAUCAAAUCACAAGACAUAUACCCUCCUUCCUAUAUACUGACAUUCGAUUUGAGUAAUCAUGUUUUUGGUAUGAUUCCAUUGCCUGGAACCGUUUGGGAAUGGCUAACAACAAGAAUAACAACCAUCCAAGAUUCUCUAGCUUUGAUUUCUUAUCGUAUGGAUGUUGAUGAUACUUGGAUUCGGGUAUGGAGAGAUGCUUCUUGGCAUGUGGUUUUUAAAUUGGGAACAGGUAAACUUCCGGUUGAUGGAGCUUUUCAAUUCCAACCACAACCGCAAACAACCAAUGAGUGUAAUUUGUUGCUCAGAACUUAUGGGGAAGGGGUCCAAGUUUAUAAUCCCAAGACGGGGAUGCGAUCAAGAGUACCCGACUUCAAUGUUGCUUCUAGUUUAAUAGCUUUUCGGCAGUGUGUCGAAACACUUCAUUUGUUAGACAUGGGAGUGACUGCUUGUGAAACCAAACAACUAUGA